UCGUGCUCGUGCUGGUCGUGGCACCGGGCCUUGCCGCUGCGAUCUACGCCCCUCCAUCGUCCUCACGAAACCCUAACCUACACCCACGCAUCCACCCUCCAUCCAUCCUCCGAGCCCGCCUCCUCCCACUCCGUCCCCACGCCCCAAACCCUAGACCCCCCCCCCCCCCCCCCCCCACGGUAGCGGCCGAUGGGCGCAGACGAGCAGCCAUCCCCGACGCGGAAACGCGACCGCGAGGAAGAAGGAGAGGACCUCUCCGAUGGGGGCGCCGCCGAGAAGCGGCCGCGCGCAGAGGGCGCGUCCCUGCUGGGGCUGGCCACCUACGAGGACGAGGAUGAAGACGAAGCGGCCAGGGGCCACGCGAAUGGCCGGCGCGCGGUGGAGCCUGAUGAGGAGGAGGAUGACGAUGAGGAGGACGACGUGAGGAGGGCUCCGGAGAGGAGGCCCAGGCAGGCGGAGCUGCGCCGGGACUGCCCGUACCUCGACACCGUGAACAGACAGGUUCUUGAUUUUGAUUUUGAGAAGUUCUGUUCAAUCUCCUUGUCAAAUUUGAAUGUGUAUGCAUGCUUGGUCUGUGGAAAAUAUUUCCAAGGAAGAGGGUUGAAAUCUCAUGCAUAUACACACAGUCUUGAAGCAGGCCAUCAUGUGUUCAUUAAUCUUCAAACCGAAAAGGCUUACUGUCUUCCUGAUGGAUAUGAGAUCAAUGAUCCAUCGUUAGAAGAUAUUCGGCAUGUUCUCAAUCCAAGGUUUACAAAAGAGCAGGUUCUAAAUCUUGACAAAAAUAAGCAGUGGUCUAGAGCACUUGAUGGCUCCAAUUAUCUACCUGGAAUGGUGGGUCUUAACAACAUCAAGGAAACUGAUUUUGUGAAUGUCACAAUACAGUCAUUAAUGAGAGUUACGCCUCUGAGAAAUUUCUUUCUAAUCCCUGAAAACUAUCAGCAUAGAAAAUCACCAUUGGUUCAUCGUUUUGGGGAAUUGACACGUAAGAUUUGGCAUGCUAGGAACUUCAAGGGACAGGUUAGUCCACAUGAGUUUCUGCAAGCAGUUAUGAAGGCCAGCGACAAACGGUUUCAGAUUGGUGUACAGUCAGACCCAGUGGAAUUUAUGUCAUGGCUCUUGAACACACUGCAUGCGAAACUAAAAAGCUCAAAGAAGAAAAACAGAAGCAUAAUACAUGAUUGUUUUCAGGGAGAACUUGAAGUUGUUAAGGAGGUUCAUAGGAAGCAUAUAAUGGAAAAGAGAGAGGAUGGCGAUGAGCCGAAUGGUGAGGCAGGUUCAGUGGUUGGAACUGCAGAUGGAAUUGUUACUGAAACAUCUAAGGUCCCAUUCCUGAUGCUCGGUCUUGACCUGCCACCUCCACCACUUUUCAAAGAUGCCAUGGAGAAAAAUAUCAUUCCACAGGUACCGUUAUUUAACAUACUAAAGAAGUUUGAUGGUGAGACUGUGACAGAGGUCGUCCGACCAUCCAUUGCCCGAAUGAGGUACCGAGUCACUAGACUACCGAAGUAUCUGAUCCUUCAUAUGCGAAGGUUUACCAAAAAUAACUUCUUUGUCGAGAAAAAUCCUACUCUAGUUAAUUUUCCUGUGAAGAACUUGGAAUUGAAGGACUACAUUCCAUUACCUAAGCCGAAAGAGAAUCAUAAGCUACGUUCAAAGUAUGACCUCAUAGCAAACAUUGUCCAUGAUGGCAAACCAGGCGAGGGGUGCUACAGAGUAUUUGUACAGCGGAAAUCUGAAGAGGCCUGGUACGAGAUGCAGGAUCUUCAUGUUACCGAGACUCUUCCUCAAAUGGUAGCUCUCUCAGAAACCUACAUGCAAAUAUAUGAGCAACACGAAUGAGAGUAAUGGACAGUGAUCAUCACAUAGCCAGUCUGUUUCUUAACAGAGAUCAGAAUGUUGCGAACUAAUCCUUAUCGUUGGAUCAUUUUUUGUAUCUUCACACAUCAUCAAAACUUAAUUUCUUGACAAGUAGAGCUUGAGGAACUGUACUUGGGCAGUCAGGUCGAUGCUAUGGAGGCUGAAACGUGCUGAAUUGUUUUUAGAGCUGCUUCGAUACCUGGCUGGUUAGAGAGGAACGCCUCCCACAUAUUUCAUACUGUAGCCCAGCCUGCUGUGAAUCAGUAAGCUUUCAGGUUCAACCGUUACCAGCUAACGUUUGAAGCUGAUAAAGUGUAAUUUUAUAUGCAUCUCAGGGAUUAUGUUAUGGUCAACAAUUUCGUUCUGGUAAAGCCAUCUACCUCUAUGAGUCAUAGACUAUGACUCAUUGCUGCUUUGUUGCUAUGCUUUAGAUAGAUAGAUAUUGAUUUGUGUUAGCUGGUGUAUACUUGAUAGUUCAGCCAUCGUGUUACGCGAUGAUGUGGAGAAGACGUAUCAGUUGACUGAUGAGGAGGCGGGCCCUUUAGAGUUCUAGAACCGGGUCAGUCUCGACAAGUCACCGUUGUUUGUUUGAUCCAUGGAUAAUGAACAGCAUUAGUACAAUAUCUUACUAUUGUCAUUA